CAUCAAAGGUCAAGGAGCGAAGAUAACUGUGAGAAGAAACACUGAGAAAUCACCGUGAUAAAUCGUGUUGAACGAGCAUUCAGCUGGUCCAAGCUCCGAACCAGUAUGGGGAUCUUACCAACCUCCCUCAAACUUCCACUUCUAUUACACAUAUCGAAUAUCGAGCAUCGAACAUCGAUCAUAAUUCAUGGCUAUCGCAGAGGAAGCUUCUAGAUAAGCACAAAUAUCUGUCCAAGAACUCGACCACCUCGCAGAACUAGCAACUGCGAAUAAAGGGUCUCAAAGCUGACAAAUAUCAAUGGAGUCUACACAACAACGCCGAAUCACAAGACAUCGUGAAUUGCGCGCUUGCACAGUUUGCAGAAAGCGCAAGUUGAAAUGCGAUCUCAAAAUUCCUUGCUCAUCUUGCAUUCGAAGAAAUGACGCAGCUGCCUGCGUCUACUCAAAAAAAGGCUUUGAAGGAUCACAGGCCGGACCAAGUGGAGAUCAAAAUCGGCUGUCCGCUGCAGAGAGACUUAAACACUUGGAACAAUUGGUUCAGCAACUAUCACAGCCACAGGAAGCUCCCGUAAUUGUGGAUGGUAGUAAUUUGUUUCAAGCUGAGAGAGCUGGUGUACCUCAAGGAGCACUCCACAACGGCGAAACUCAUUGGUCUGCGAUGCUUGAUGAUAUUGAAGAACUACGGACAGUAAUCACAGAAUAUGAUAACAUUGAUGGCGUGAGACUGGAUUUCGUUGGUACACAUGAGGAUCCAAUUGAUUACUUACUAAGUGCAAAGGACUCAUCAUUAACAUUCCAUCAAAUACUAUCACAAUUGUUACCUCCAAAAAUAAAAGUUGAUCGUUUAGUCGGAGCUUAUUUUAGGACGAAAACGGUCGUGGCUCCUUUUGUGCAUACCACACAGUUCCGUCAGUAUUAUCAGUCCUUCUGGGCCAAUCCUUCCAAUGCUUCGCCACUUUGGACCUCAAUGUUGUUCUCAAUCCUCGAUAUAGCUACCCGGGCAGUGUCAACAAAUCAGGUCACAGAUGAGGAGAGUUCAAUCGAACGAUAUGAUGUAGCCGCUGCACAAUGCCUAGUCGCUGGAGAUUACUAUCGGCCUCAACAAUUUUCGGUUGAAGCGCUUCUUCUAUUAGUACAUUCAAAAUGUCUCGCAGGAUUAGAUCUCGAUUCUAGCAUAGCUAUCCUUCUUGGGACACUCGUCCGUUUAGCAACAGUCAUGGGUUACCAUCGCGAUGCUGAUAUAUCCGGAAGAAGAUUCUCCGCUUUUGAGGGAGAAAUUCGCAGGCGCACUUGGUCGAUGUUACUGCAAAUCGAUAUGCUUGUUUCAUUCCAGCUGGGAUUACCUAGUAGUAUCCAAUUCCCAACUUGGGAUACAAAGCCCCCGACGAAUUUGUUGGAUUCCGAUUUUGAUGAAAACACUUUGCAACUACCAGCUGCUAGACCGGUAAAUGAACCUACAGAAUUACUCUUCUUCAUCGUAAAACACAAACUAGUGACUGUCUUUGAAAAAGUCAUACGACACACUCUCUCUGUUUUUGACAUGUCAAGUGAGGAGCUGGAAAAGCUCGAUCAAGAUAUUAGAGACACGUUCAUAAAUCUUCCAGAAGUUUUCAAAGCACGAGACAUGGCAGAUUCAGUGAUUGAUUCUCCAUCUCUGAUAGUCACUCGGCUUUGCGUAUAUUUCAUUUAUCACAAAUGUCUCUGCGUCCUUCAUCGAAAAUACAUUACGCGUGGAUCGCCAAAGAGCCUUCAAGCUUGUUACGAGUCAUCAUCGGAACUGGUGCGAAGAUUUCUAGAUAUGUAUAAAGAGUUUGAGCCUGGUGGACAAUUGGAAACACAGCGCUGGUUUAUGGGUAGCCUUACGUGGCAUGACUUUUUGCUUGCAUGUGCGGCUUUGUGUCUUACCAUUUGUUAUUCGAGACAGGGUUUGCAUGAAUUCGAAGUGACAUCAGUAGUAGAUGUGCCAGUUUCCUUGGCGAUGCUAGAGGAAGCUAAGAGAGUAUUUGAGGAGCAGUCUUCUAGACGCAAAGGCACUGGGAAAGUACGACGGCUUAUUGAAGCUACUAUUCUCAAGUGCGGCCUAACUAACGAAACGCCCAAUAUGUACUACUCAUUCCAGGAUGGUCAAGUAGACGUGCCCGAUACAAAUUGGCAUGCAAAUGUAUCUAUUCAGGAAAAUACCGAGAUCUGGGGCGGCAACACGCCAAACCUUACCAGCACUGGCAGAGAUGAUGCCGGCUGGACAUUUUUGUACCAAUAUUUAGAUUUACCAAAUGAUGAGAUGGUAUUGUGAUUGAUAUGCAUAAUUUCGAGAUAGAAGUGGAUGCCAUGGAAGAUUUAAUG